UUUGAUGCUGCCGCAGUCAUCGUUCACAAUCGUCAUCGUCCACGAUCGUCAUCAUCCCUAAGUUUAGAGAGAUGACGUGUCACCGUUUGCUAGCAGGUUUCGUCCUAACUAGUCUGUUUCAAGUUUCUAUACAAACAAACGUCGUUCCAAGCGUUCUGCUGCAAAAUUCUGCGACCAACAACGUGUUGAUGCCAGCGACCGGGCUAGGUACAGGAGGGUACGCGCUCACUCUAGAUUCCCACGGAGAAUACUGGAAUGACAGUAUUGCCGAGAAAUCAGUAUCUCUUUGGCUCAAGCUAGGAGGAAGACGUAUUGAUGGAUCAUUCAGCUACAUGGAUCAAGUGGGAAUCGGACGAGCAAUCAAAGCUAGUGGAAUUCCUCGUAAAGAGAUUUUCAUCACCUCUAAAGUUGGUCCAGGUGGAGCAAACAAAAACGGAGUACAGCUUGGGGGACCUCUGGGCUACAACGACUCACUAAAACAGAUGGAACAGGUUCUCGGCAGCCUUGGAGUUACGUAUGUUGAUCUGCUGCUUAUUCACUGGCCUUAUGAUGCAAUCCACGCUCCCAGUUCUGAGAAAGAGUGCAAUGGAAACACCUCUACCGAAAUGCGACUGUGCCGUCAGUCAACUUGGAAAGCAAUGCUACAGAUUCUCAAAGAAGGUAAGGCCAGAGCAGUGGGCGUGUCCAACUUUGCGUUGCAACAUCUUCAAGAUAUAAUAGACAUGGGAGAAAUGAUUCCUUCAGUCAAUCAAUGUGAGUUUCACGUGUUCUGGCAUGAUUUGGAGUUGCUAGAAUUUUGCAAACGUCACAACAUCACAUUCAAUGGUUAUUCCCCACUCGGAACACCAGAUUUUGGACCUUGGAGUCUUGGCUGGAACGAGAGCCUACUUGAGUUGCCUCUGGUUAAACUAAUUUCUCAGAGAUAUGGAAAGACAGCUGCACAAAUACUACAGCGUUAUUCUCUGCAUCAAGGUGUGCUGGUGAAUCCAAGAUCUUGGAACGAAGAACACAUGAGAGAAAAUCUAAAUGUGUUUGACUUUGAACUAAGUGAUCAAGAAGUUAUGCAGCUGAACGCACUUUCUACUUCUAAAAAACCCAACGUCUGCCCAGAUCCCAAAAAGUUACCUUGAACAUUGAAAUGAAUUUGUCUCUAAGUCCAGACUCACAAUGUUUGUUCUAGCAUUUUAGCCUGCAACACAACUAUGUUUCUUAGCAUUUUGGUAGCUACAUUAGUUUGGAGUAUCAAAGAUAAAUAAGAAACAUUGCGUAUUUGCACACUA